UUAGGCAUUUUCUUUGUUUUUUCCAUCUCUCGCCCGUUGCCCGUGAUCUCUAUCAUACGGCGGCUGACUAUUUUUUUAAAAACAUUUUUAUGAUGGCGGAGGACAGUGAAUCCGCGGCUAGUCAGCAGAGCCUGGAGCUGGACGACCAGGACACCUGUGGGAUAGACGGAGACAACGAAGAGGAGAAUGAGCAUAUGCAGGGGAGUCCAGGGGGAGAUUUGGGGGCCAAGAGGAAGAAGAAGAAGCAGAAGAGGAAGAAAGAGAAGCCAAGCUCGGGGGGAGCCAAGUCUGACUCUGCCUCCGACUCUCAGGAGAUCAAGAACCCUGGCUUACCCAUUCAGAAGUUGCAGGACAUCCAAAGAGCCAUGGAGCUGCUGUCCUGCCAAGGUCCUGCAAAGAGCAUUGAUGAGGCAGCCAAGCACAAGUACCAGUUUUGGGACACUCAGCCUGUGCCGAAGCUAAAUGAAGUUGUGACAAGUCAUGGGCCGAUUGAAGCUGACAAAGAAAACAUCAGACAGGAGCCAUAUUCCUUACCUCAAGGCUUUAUGUGGGACACUCUGGAUCUCAGCAAUGCAGAUGUACUGAAGGAGCUGUACACUCUGUUAAAUGAAAACUAUGUGGAGGACGAUGAUAACAUGUUCAGAUUUGAUUAUUCACCAAGCUUUCUCAAAUGGGCUCUGCGUCCACCUGGCUGGUUACCACAGUGGCAUUGUGGAGUGAGAGUUUCCUCAAAUAAAAAGCUUGUUGGCUUCAUCAGUGCCAUCCCUGCAGAUAUACGCAUCUAUGACACGCUGAAGAGGAUGGUAGAAAUCAACUUCCUGUGUGUCCAUAAGAAGCUGCGUUCAAAACGUGUAGCUCCUGUGCUAAUCAGAGAGAUCACACGGAGGGUGAACUUAGAAGGAAUAUUUCAGGCAGUAUACACAGCAGGGGUAGUACUGCCUAAACCUGUGUCCACAUGCAGAUAUUGGCAUCGUUCUUUGAACCCCAGAAAGCUUGUGGAAGUUAAAUUCUCCCACCUGAGCAGAAACAUGACCCUGCAAAGAACCAUGAAACUCUACAGACUACCAGAUAGCACCAAGACUCCAGGUCUGCGGCUGAUGGAGAGGCGUGAUGUCCGCCAGGUCACUGAGCUGCUACAGAAAUACCUGAAACGUUUCCAACUUGCACCUUCUAUGGGAGAAGAGGAGGUGGCUCACUGGUUUUUGCCACAGGACAACAUAAUUGACACAUAUGUAGUAGAGGGUGCUGGUGGUGUACUGACAGACUUCACUAGUUUCUACACUCUGCCCUCGACUGUGAUGCAUCACCCUCUCCAUAGGAGCCUGAAGGCUGCUUAUUCUUUUUACAACGUUCACACACAAACCCCGCUACUGGACUUAAUGAAUGAUGCACUGAUCCUGGCUAAACUGAAAGGUUUUGAUGUGUUCAAUGCCUUGGAUCUAAUGGAGAAUAAGAUGUUCCUGGAGAAGCUCAAGUUUGGCAUAGGAGAUGGAAAUCUGCAGUAUUACCUCUACAACUGGAAGUGUCCCCCUAUGGACCCUGAUAAGGUUGGCCUCGUCCUUCAGUAGCAGGUCUCUUCAUGGCUGCUACACAAAAUACUGAUUGAGAGGUUUUCAGCGACCUCUGCCUAUUCCUUACCUGGACAUACAGGUAGCCCAAGCUAGACAAUGAGAACUACAACCGUAAAACCAACCUGGUGACCGGGAGGCGGUUCACCCGGCACUUGUGUCAUCAAGAACAUUCUCAGUUCACCUGGAGGUGAAAACUCUUAAAUCAUCAACAUCCUGAAUGUGAAGUCAUGCUAUGCCUGAGAUACUCAUACAGUACAAUGCUCCUGACAUGAACACUCACAUUUAAAACAAACCAAUUUGACAUUCAAGAGGAUGCCUUGACAUUUGUGAAUUUUGUUUAGCUCUUCCUCAUCAGACACUUUGUUACAAGGGCCGGGCGUGUCAUUUAAUUUCACUGACAUGGAAGUAAUGUAAAUGAUAAUCAGCAAGUAAACAUGGCUAGAUAUAAUUAGCAACUUUUCUAAUUUUGUUAAUCCUGUCCAAACGAUUAUUAUUCCCAUCUGUUCUCAUAUCAUUGUGUUCUGAAGUGUCUCUGCUGGCUUUGUUGGAGCCUCAGUAGAAUUAGAAAUGCUGAGAAGGGGUUUCUUUGAUAGCUGACAUAUAAAGAGAUUUUUUUUUUCCCCCUAAACGGUUCUGGAGAAAAAUAUCCAAACUUUUAAAUCACAAACAACAUUUUCACACACAUAGAAACACAAACACUGUCAAAUAACACAUAACACAAAAAGGAAGGACUCAUCCAACCGGUGCAUUGAUAUACAUGUUUUUGUUAAAAAUAUAUAGUUACCUGUACAUUUAAAGCCAGAUCAUAUUUAUUCCUGUAGUGUGAGUUUGGGGUUUGGGAGGGCCGAUCCAAAGUAUUUUCCUCAUAAGUAGUGUAGAUGUCACUGAGUUUGUUCAGACAGUGUGGGUUUAAAUGGUUUUUGAUGAAGAAUGUAUUGCAUCAAUGAAGCACAAUUUUUCGGUUCUUAAACAAACAAAAGGGUCCUUAAAAGGUCAGUUAGCCCAGGUUUCAAAACAGAUGGGUUGCGGUACAUAGUGUACAUUCUUUCUUUAUUUCUUAUUUUUAAACAAAGGAUGUGAGCUGUUUUCACAUUAUAAACCUGUUUCUAGAGCUGGUGUUUUUAAUAGCCAAACACUCAAACAGCGUGUUAUUUGGUUAUAUUAACUGAUACAUUCAUUGCAUGUCAGUGGUGUGCCGUCCAUUUAGCAAGGCUGCUGAAUAAGGGGCAAAAAGUAACUGUAGUUAAAUUAAGUAAAGAAGAUGUGCUCAGUGCACAAGCAGGUCGGUGAGAGUUUAAGUACCAAAGGCUCGGAAAAUCACAAACACAAAAUAAACACAAAUUAAACCAUAGCCAAGUAAAUUUGACUUUUGUUUGUACUAAAAAUUUUGAAAUUGGUCAGUA